UGGGGUUGCACCCAGUCAGUGACCUGGAAUGGGGCUGUGCAAUGUGGAGGCUGCACCAGGGCAGGGACAGGAAUGGUGUCAGAUUGGGGCGACCGUGGGGUGAGCUGGGCGGUGGCAGGGUGAGGGCCACAGGCGUGGGAGGCGGAGGGACAGGUUUGUCCAGGGAGGAGGGUGACAGUGCCAGGGUGUUGGUGACAGUGCCGGGGUGUUGGUGACAGUGUCGGGGUGCUGGAGGUGGCGAUGAGGUCUUGGUGACAAUGACGGUGCUGGUCCUGGGGUGCUGUUUCCAGUGAUCAGCUGGCAUCCCGCAGGGUGGGUGGCGAUGGCGUACGAUGAGCGGCUGGCCCGCUUCCGCCAGGCCCACCUCAACCCCUUCGACAAGGCUCCCGAGCAGCAGGAGCGCCCCGACGGAGGGGUCCCCGCCCCAGCCCAGCAGCCGGAUCCGUCCCCGGGGGACCCCGAGGGCACCAUGGACCUGGGGCUGGCUGAGGACCACUUCUCCCGCCCCGAGGGCCUGAUCCUGGCAUCAGACGUGCAGCAGCUGCGCCAGGCCAUCGAGGAGUGCAAGCGGGUGAUCCUGGCGCUGCCCGAGCACUCGGAGCGGCAAAAGGAUGCGGUGGUGCGGCUCAUCCACCUCCGCCUUAAGCUGCAGGAGCUGAAGGACCCCUGCGAGGACGAGCCCAACAUCCGGGUAAUCCUGGAGCAUCGCUUCUACAAGGAGAAGAGCAAAAGUGUGAAGCAGAUGUGUGACAAGUGUAGCACCAUCAUCUGGGGCCUCAUCCAGACCUGGUACACCUGCACAGGCUGCUACUACCGGUGCCACAGCAAGUGCCUGCCCCUGGUGAGCAAGCCUUGUGUGCGGGCCAAGGUCAGCCACCAGGCUGAGUACCAGCUCAGCAUCUGUCCCGAGAGCGGGCUGGACAGCCAGGACUACCGCUGCGCCGAGUGCCGCGCCCCCGUCUCCCUCCGGGGGGUGCCCAGCGAGGCCCGGCAGUGCGACUACACCGGCCUCUACUACUGCAGCAGCUGCCACUGGAACGACCUGGCUGUCGUGCCCGCCCGCGCCAUCCACAACUGGGACUUUGAGCCCCGAAAGGUGUCACGCUGCAGCAUGCGGUACCUGGCGCUGAUGGUGUCGCGGCCCGUGCUGAAGCUGCGGGAGAUCAACCCGCUGCUCUUCAACUACGUGGAGGAGCUGGUGGAGAUCCGGAAGCUCCGUCAGGACAUCCUGCUCAUGAAGCCAUACUUCAUCACCUGCAAGGAGGCGAUGGAGGCGCGGCUGCUGCUGCAGCUGCAGGACCGGCAGCACUUUGUGGAGAACGACGAGAUGUACUCGCUGCAGGAUCUGAUAGACAUCGAGGCCGGGCGCCUGAGCUGCUCCCUGACGGAGAUCCACACCCUCUUCGCCAAGCACAUCAAGCUGGAUUGCGAGCGCUGCCAGGCCAAAGGCUUCGUCUGCGAGCUCUGCAAAGAGGGCGACGUGCUCUUCCCCUUCGACAGCCACACCUCUGUCUGCACCGACUGCUCUGCCGUCUUCCACAGGGACUGCUACUACGACAACUCCACCACCUGCCCCAAGUGCGCCCGGCUGAGCCUGCGCAAGCAGUCCCUCUUCCAAGACUCCGGCACCGAGGCAGAGCCCUAAGAGGGGUCCCCAGCCCCGCGGCUGCCCCCCCGCCACAGGGUCCUGGGAUGGACACCGGCAGCCCCAUAGCUGUUUGGGGACUGGGGGGCAGCCUGCAGGGAUGAUAGCACUGCCCCAGCUUGGGGGGGGCCUGCGCCUGGUCCCCAGCCUCUCCCCACGGGCAGAGUGAUGCCGCUGGAGUGACUCAAUAGCUCUCGCCGUCUCUGCGCUGAUCCUGCCUGCAGUGGCUGCCUAUGGAAGUUGGGGUGCAGGUGGAGAUGCGGUGCGGGCAGGGGUCCAGCGCUUUGCAUCACGUAGCGUGGGCAAGUGUGCCGGCCGAGCCAGAGUGAAGGGCAAUGCAAGGGAGGGCGAGUGCACUGGAAUUCGACCAGAGAGCUAUCCUGAUGGGUCCUGGGACCACUGAAGACCUGGGUUGGGUGUCAGAGGGGUGAGAGGCAGGAGCCAAAGAGACCCCCACACCCUUACAGACACUACUGGGAUAACGCUGCUGAGUCUGGGGGGGACUGCCCGGUGUUCCCCCUCCUGCGCCAUGGGCACAGCAGGUCCUGGGGGGGCUGUGGGAGCUGGGCAGGUGCCGUGUGGGGUUGCUACUAGCCCCUCACCCCAUUCUGUAGCAUUAAUGAGGCCUCUUUGCGCAACCUAGCACUCGUGUCCCU